AACCUUCUACCACUAUCUUAAAGCCCCUUCUUGAUUUAAACCACACAGCACAAGCACUCUGCGCUCAGAAUCUAGUUUUCGUAGCCGUAACAUAGAGAAAAAGCUAAUGGCAAAGCGUUUGAUUCCGACCUUGAAUAGGGUUCUGGUGGAGAAGAUUGUGCCUCCAACCAAAACCCCAGCUGGUAUUCUUCUUCCUGAGAAAUCUACCAAGUUGAAUUCAGGGAAAGUUGUGGCUGUGGGGCCUGGAUCGUAUGAUAAAGCUGGAAAUGUGAUACCAGUGGGUGUUAAGGAAGGUGACAAUGUUCUCUUGCCUGAAUAUGGUGGCACCCAAGUUUUCCUUGGCGACAAAGAGUACCAUUUGUUCAGGGAUGAGGAUAUAUUGGGCACUCUGCAUGAUUGAGAUUAUGAUCAAGGUGGUAGUGGAGUUUUCUCUUGGAGGCUUUAAUUUAGAUUCUUGGGUUCAAAUAUCGCAAAUGAAACUAGUUAGUGUUGGUACUGUUGCAAAAUGUAUGUUAACAUUGUUUUGGAACAUGACUUUGAGUGAUUAAGAACGUCUCAUUUCCACUUUUCAAUGCUUGAUCCAUAUAAUAUGGUGUCGGGUCUAAGGAUGUAUAGUUGUAUUAUCAUCCACAAUUGAUGUGAAUAGCUCGCAAAGGACAUGAAAUGUAUACAAACAGCUGAAC